AUGAAAACCCGGCGAGGAGUAUUAUCAAUUGUUACUUGUUUGUCAAUUCUAUUCGCAGCCAUCAAUGCUCAAUAUCAGAUAAACAGUCAGAAUCAGAAUCAGAAUCCAUAUCAACAGUAUGGACAGAAUCAAAACUCACAGAACGGACAGCAUACACAGACCGGAUUUGGGUCUCAAUCCCAAAACUAUGGAAACGCGAAUGCCAACUCUUGGGGAUCGGGAUCUUCCUCGAAUACCCAUAAUCAACUUCAAACUGGAUACCAAAGCAGUCAGAAUCGAGGAUUGUUUAAUAAUCAAGCUCCAUUUGGAUCUUCUAGCAUUAACACUACUAACUCUAACAAGGGUGUGACAAUUCAAUUCCAACUUCGGGGAUAUUCCAACCCAUCAUCUGCCCUCCCAAAUAGUCAAACCUGUACCUGUCCAAAUGGACACACCUGUGCUUUCUUGAAAACUCCUCCAAGAUGUUAUUUCGCUUUCACCUUCAUCGUUUCAUCUCCUGAUGAAAGUGUACGUUACCAAAUCACUGACUUCUUCUAUCUUGAUACAAACGGUCAGCUUCCACAAUCUUCUCAAGGACAGUGGAGCCAAAAUUAUGUGAUGAAUUUGCCAUCGAAACCAGCUGCCAUCGAUGUAUUUGCUCAUCAUUUGGGAGCAGUUAUCACUCAACAAGGGCAAUUAGUUCAGGAUGAUACUCUGACUCAUGUCGACACUUUUGUUGUUCCACUUUCCGAAACACUUCCUGCAGUGGAAGGAGUUCAGAAUAUGAAUCAGCAGAGGACGUAUCAAGGAAAACUUCUGGGAACAAGUCUCUCAAUGUCGUUCUCAAUCUCCUGUUCCGGAAAUCUCAUCGGACCAAAUUGCGAUUUAACCUGUAAGGCAUCUCAUGUCAAUGCCAACACAGCUGCAUGCGUAUCAAACUCCACUGGAUUCUUCUCAGUUUGUAAUUAUAUUUCGAAUGGACAAGUCGACAACUGCAAGAACUGUCCAUGGGGAAUCAGAGACGGCACGUAUUGUCGGGAUGACAACGGAAGUGGACUCGUCGGAAGUGGAUGGCAAACCGCUACUAUAAUUCUUGCCAUUUUCGCAUUCAUUUGUCUUCUUCUUCUUUGUGCUUUGUUGGUGUUCACAUGUGUCAGAAACAGACGCGCUCCAGUGGAGAAGGAAAUGAUCACUUUCCAAAGAACAUCAAGCGAUCGUGAGCCACUCCACAGUAAGCCGACCAGAGAAGCAGCUGCUUUUAGACAAGACUCUAUAGAUGGUUCCAGAAGGGCAAUGCUCCCACCACAGGAUUCAAGACCCAUUAGAUCAGCAAUGAAAGGAUCAGCUAAACCAACGUACUCGCCAGUUGGACCGAGUCCCAAUGAAAGAGACGAUUCCAGUUUCGCAAGUGAUGUCCCAGUCCGACCGAGUCGCUCCGAAAUCGUCUGA